CACACGGACCAACUGUAGCCGGAACAUGGCAACCUGCACGCUGAAUGCGUGGAAAGUUCUAGCAGGAAGUCAGAGGACGCUGCUGAGGGCGGGACCUCCCGUCAGGACCCCCGUCAGGACCCUCGCUGCCAGGCCGCUCGUCGUCAGGACCCGGAGGAAGAAGAAAGAGGAGGAAGAAGUGAAGGAGGUGAAGAAGAAGGAACCGAGGGUCAUCGAUGACACGGGCCGACACAAGCCCUUCGGUAAGACGGCGUGGACGCCCGUGGACGACGUCUACUUCCUGCGGUUCUACCCCCGCCAGGUCCACCACGUCUCCCACGCCAUCCACCUGCUGAAGACCUUCCAGAAGCUGGACUUCACUCCCCAGCAGCAGCCGGUCUACAUCGACCUGAAGCUGGACAUGAAGCUGGAGAAGAAGAAAAAAGUGGACCCGUUUGUCAGCACGGUGCAUUUACCUCACCCCUUCAAGACGGAGAUGAACAGAGUUCUAGUUUUCACAGAGGACGCUGAUGAGGUGAAAGUUGCUCUGGAGAACGGAGCAACGGUUGCUGGAGGAACAGAGCUCAUCCAGCAGAUCGUGGAUGAGGAGGUGUCAGCAGAUUUCUACGUGGCGGUGCCAGAGAUCCUCUCCAAGCUUUCACCGCUCAAAAACAAACUGAGGAAGAAGUUCCCAAAGAGCAAGAGAGACACCGUCGGCAAAAACAUUCCCAAGAUGUUGGAGUUGUUUAAAACGGGCCACGAGUACCUGGUGGAGGAAGACUGCUACGUCAGGACCCAGAUCGCCACGCUGGACAUGUCCAACCAGGAGAUAGAGGACAACCUGAAGACCGUCCUGCUGGACGUCUGCAGCCGCAGACCAGCUGAUCUGGGGCCCUUCAUCCAGCGGGCCCUGGUCUCCAGUCGGACCAGUGAAGCUGUUUGGUUCAACAGCCGGGACCUUUUACCAGCAGCAGCCGAGGACCCCCACGGCCCCUGAACGCACCAUUCUCUCUCUCUGUUCAUAUAUCAUAUAAUAUCUAUAACACUGUGUUGUUUAAUAAAGACUUGU